AUGCCCACGUCCACGCCGACACCCACCCUCACCCUCCCGCAGGGCACGUACGCCGGCGGGCAGCACUACGGCGCCGAGUACUUCCGCGGCGUGCCGUACGCCGGCGGCGUGCAGCGCUUCCGCCCGCCGACGAGGCUCACGGUCGACCCCCGCCCGUCGCCGAUCGACGCGAGGCAGCAAGGCCCGACACCCAUCGCGCCGCCCAGCCGCCUGUCCAUGGUCAUGGGCGCCGACCGCGACUCGGGCCCCCAGAGCGAGGAGCACAGCGCCGUGCUCUCCGUCUAUCGUCCCCCCGGCGCCGCGGCGCUGCCCAUCUUCUUCUGGAUCCACGGCGGCGCGUUCGUGUCCGGCAGCUCCCAGAGCUCAUUCUACGACGGGUCGCGCCUCGCGCGGGACGCCAACGCCGUCGUCGUGGCGGUCAACUAUCGGCUGGGGGCGCUGGGGUUCCUCUACGACCCGGACACGCGGCACCAGCCCCGCCCGGCCGAGAGCUUUGGCACGCUCGACCUCGUCGCUGCGCUCGAGUGGGUCGCGAGCCAUGCCGCCGCGCUCGGGGGCGACAGCGGCAAUAUCACCGCGUUCGGGCAGAGCGCGGGCGGGUUCCUCUGCGCCGAGCUCCUUGUGCUCCGUCCCCAGCUCGUCGCGCGCGCUAUCAUCCAGUCGAGCACGGCGAGCGUCCUCGCGAGCGUAGACGACGCGCUCGCCAUCCGCGCGCUGGCCGCUACCUUCCUCCCAUCAGGCGCGACGUUCGACACAAUGUCGCCCGAGCAGGCGAUCGCCGUGCACUCCCAGACGGCCGGCGCGCUGCCAGCACACAACCUCGACUUUGGCCUCGGCAUGCCCUUCUUCCCUGUGCUCCCGCCGUCCGCCGGUCCCGGCGGCGGCAGGCCAAACCACAACCCCGACGUUCCGGGCGCGAGCGACCCGCGCCGCGUGCCCGUGUUCGUCACGUACACUGCCAACGACGGGGACGUGUUCCGCCGCAUGGCGUCCCAGGCAGGCCUGAGCGACGCCGAGAUCGACGCGCUCCCUCCCACCGCGCUGCGGAGUAACCCCGGCUGGGCGGCCGCGUCGGUCGACUAUGCCCACUUCCUCCGCCAGAGAGGGCACGCCGUCAGCCUCGCCGAGUGGGUGUGGCGCCCGGCAGGGAGCGCUUUUGGCGCCGUGCACACGAUCGAUGUGCCGCUGCUCCUCGGCACGCAGGAGGCGUGGGCCGGCACGCCGAUGCUCGGGAGCGAGAGCUGGGACGAGGUGGAUGCGAAGGGCAAGGUCGUCAGGCAGGCUUGGGGCGCCUUUGCGCGCGGCGUGUGGCCUGCGUCUAUCGACGGGGUGCUCGACGUGCUCGAGGAGGCCACGGCAAAGUGA